CUAGGUAACAAUGGCCAAAUCCAGUUAUGGCAGUUUUUGUUGGAGUUAUUAACAGACAAAAGCAGUCGUCACCUAAUAAUGUGGGUGGGAGAGAAUGGUGAAUUUAAACUUAAUGAUCCAGAACAAGUGGCUCAGCAAUGGGGAAGAAGAAAAAACAAACCUGCUAUGAAUUACGAGAAGCUGAGCAGAGCACUGAGAUAUUACUAUGAUGGUGACAUGAUACACAAAGUGCAUGGAAAGAGGUUUGUUGAGAAAUUAAGCAGUGCAGAAACUCAAAAUUGAAGAAAAAUCCCAUGAUAUUUAAUAACAAGAUGCUAAAAACAAGGAGCACCAUGGAAAAGUACUGAUGAAAAGUUAUAGCCACUUUAUACAGAGUAAUAAUCAUUAGUAUGACAAACUACGGAUUAUUUCAUCCCUAAAGUCACCAACACCUUGUACAGCGUAAUAAAGAGUACCAUAUGAAAGUUCUGCUCAGCAGCUUUCAUUUGAAUAGUUACAUUUCAGUACAUUGUAUUUCAUUCCCAAAGUCAACCACCUUGUACAACAUAAUAAAUAGCACCAAAGGAAUGUACUGCUCAGCAGCUUUCAUUUCAGUGGUCUCACGAUAGGAUUUCUUCCACAGACUCAAAAGCUACAACCUCGUUGUACAACAUAUGUUACAAUAAACAUUAUUAAAAGCUGAAUCAUUGGAUAAUGCAAUUCUAGAGCUCUGAUUGGUUUAGCCAUCAUGGUAUAUGAGCCACUAUACCAUGCUCUCCACAUAUGGUAACUGUACGCAUCUGCUCGAAUUAAAUACAAGCUGAAAAUUGAUUGUUUUUACAAAUAACGUUGGGAAGAAUUCUCGAUAUUUUGUGGACGUUUUUAAUAAAACAAUUUAUUAUUCCACUCGCGCUUGUUGGAUAUGAGAUGAUUAUAGCCAACUCAUAUCCAACGCGCAGUUAUGGAACAAUUAUUGUUAAGAACUAUAGGGAAGUGCUGCUACGGUCAUACACAGGUACGAAACAGACAGCUUCACUGAUAAUGCUGUUGGUGUAUCUAAUCAUAUCCUCAUCUGAUAGAAAGCUUGUUUGUUUUAGGUUUGUGUACAAGUUUGUGUGUGACCUGAAAAACUUGUUGGGAUACAGUGCAGGCGAACUUAGUAGACUUGUGUUGGAAGCAGAGGAAACAGCCAAUGAACUGGAGCCUGGGACCAAUGGUGGACAUUAG